AUGGACCAGGAGUUCAGAAGUUCAUAUGUUUUUGUACGUGUGUGUGCAGGUGGAACAAUAGACAUCACAGUACAUGAGAUCCAAGAAAACCAUCACUUGAAGGAGUUACACAAGGCAACUGGAGGUGGAUGGGGAGGCAACAGAGUAGAUGAAAACUUCACUCAUUUCCUCAAGGAAAUAUUUGAUGAUGGUGUAUGGGAUGAAUAUGUAAAGAACCAUCCUACCGAAUUACAGCAUAUGCUGUACAGCUUCAGUCUACAGAAAUGCUCUGCUAGCAGGGAGGCGGUUUACAUACAUUGCUACUACAACUUGACCAGAGUGGCAAACUCCAAAAAGGACAUCUCCCACUUCUUCAAAAACGCAAAAGGAGCUGUGUGGUGUGAUGGGAUGAUCAUGAUUACAUAUGAGAAAAUGAAGAGCUUUUUUGACUACAGUAUCAAAAAUAUAAUUUGUGCUUUGAGGGAAAUUCUUGACAAGCCUGAGAUAGCCAAAGUCAAGUACAUUUUGCUUGUGGGGGGCUUUGCAUCUAGCGUCAUCUUGAGAGAUGCAAUCAGUCAGGCCUUUGGUGAGAAGUAUCAUAUCUUUUGCCCACUGGAGGUACAAGUAGCCGUUGCAAAAGGGGCUGUUUUAUUUGGAGUCAAUCCAGAUAUUGUUGCCUCAAGAGUCAGUGCUUGGACAUAUGGCCUAGCAGUAACUCAGGAAUUUGAUGCUACCAUCCAUGACUUCCGUAAAAAAAGGGUCUCAAAAGCUGAUGGCUAUACUUAUUCAGUAGAUAUCUUCAAGAAAUUGGUGGGAAUUGGGGACACAGUGAAUAUAAAUGAAGUUGCCCACUAUUAUUUUCAUCCAACAGAACCAGAUCAGACAAGUGUACACUUUUCUUUCCAUGGUACAGAAAAGCAGGAUGCUCUGUAUGUAGAUGAGGAAGAGAUAGAACGUCUUGGCUCCUGUAUAGUGCCAAUGCCAGACACAACGCUGGGGAAGAAACUCAAACUGAAGCUGGAUAUUAAAUUUGGGCUCACUGAAUUUAAAGCCACAUGUACUGAUGUUACUUCCAACGAAAGUCAGACAGUGAUGAUAGAUUUUUUAUCUGUGUAAAUGCCCAGUACAUUGAGCAGCAAGGACAGCAACCCAAGGGAGAGCAUGGCUUUAGUGGGAAGCAAUAAUUAUGAGAGUGGAGAAAGUAAAUGGACCAUAAAGUCCAUCAUCCAGCCUUCUGUUCACAUAGGUAACAGUUUGCUAGUCUGAUUCUCUGGUUCCUUCCAUUCCUCACCAACUACCCUUUCAGUCCAACACCUUCUUCCUGUUGUAUCUGACAGCAGGUUUAUCUGAUGCUUUAUCUCUUGCUCUUGUAGCUUAGCCCUGCUGCAUCUCUGAACACAACAGUCCAUACCACCAAUAUAAUCUGUACUCUACCUGUGUUUGAUGCAAAGCUUCUGGAUUGGUGCCUAAAUUCCAUAUAUACCACCUCAUAACUAUUUAUUUUAGCCUGAUGUCUUCUUUCAGCUACAUCCUCUCUUCCUCUGAUAUCAGGUCUCCUUACCUGGCGCCCAGGUUUAACUCUGCCAGGGGUGACAUUCAAUGGAUUUGUGGUUUCUUCAGAACAUCAUUUAAGUAGAUUAUGUGUAACUGAAGAGCUUUUGUCCCAGUCAAGAUAUGCUGUGAAGCAGUAACUCAAUGUAGUCCAGUAGCUUGUACCCAAAGCCCGUGGGAGUAUUUUUUCCAUUAAAACAUUGGGCAGUCUGAUCUUAUUAGAGUGGCAGAUCUGAAUGCUAGACUGUAACAUCACAGAUGUGAAUAGUGCUUAUGCCGCUGCCUGAGCCCCUCUGUCCAGCUGUGGCUGCUUUCUACAUCUCUGACUUGAGCUCGAUAUUUUCCAUGUCCGUAAAACCUCCUUUCUUUGCCUCCUGCCUACAGCACCUGUGUGCAGGUUCAGCACCGCGUGGCCCAUGUGAGCCCAAAUUUGUCUGAGAGAAAGAUGUGAUCCAGCAGUGUCCUGGGUCUGCCUGGGGUGCAGUUAACGCUCUUCACAGCCACCCUUAUGCUGCCGUGUGAUUUAUCGCCAGCACGCCAUUGACAGCACACUGAUGUUUCAGCAAUAGAUGAACAGGGCUCGCACAGUGACAAAGCUGCCUCUGAUUCUCACUCUGCCCCUGCAGCGGGGAGGCUCGCGGGGGGAGCUGAGGGGCUGGGAGAGGACACAGCAGACCCCAAAUGUCCAAGGGGAUGUUCCAUACCCUGUAAAGUUGUGAUCAGCAAUAAAACUGGGGAGGGGUGGUAUCCAGAGUAGCUAUUGCUUGAAGACAGGCUGGGCACCAGUCUGGUGGUGAGAUGGUGACUAGCUUUACCUCACUUGGAGGUUUUUUGUUUGGUUUUGGUUUUGGUUCUGUUUUUUUUUUUCCCUUUCACUGAGGGUGUAGGGUUUUCCUGCUGAACACUGGCCUGUCCCAAUGCAAAUACUUGGUUGGCUGGGUAUACUACAUGAAAACUUAGCACUGGCAAUGUUAUUAGCUGUAAUGACUGUGUUAGAAUCACUGCUAGCCAUGUACUUAAUGCCGUUAAUUAUUAAAGCAACAUGCAGAAGAUUAACCUGUAUUUACACUAUGCCCUGUGAUGAAUAAAACUGAACUAUUCUGAAUACAUCACCUUUGUUUUCACUUAUAAAAUCGUAUGCGCACAAUAAAAAUAUUCACAACAGAAACCUGUCUACAUUUCUAUCAUGCCAGGUGGCAUUUCUCUGUAAACUAUAUGAGGACCAUUCUGGGUGGCUAGGUUCCAAGAAACUGAGUAUUUCAGCUUUUCUCUUACCCUUUGGACUUGGGACUUUCACCAGUGCAAAGUGCAACACGGCUCCAUCCCAGGCCACUGCCCCUCUCUGAUUGCAGCUGGGAAAGCUGUGUGCAUCUGCUCCAGGUCUUUCCCAUCCGUGUGCUACCUGAGCUUUGACGCUCAGACAUUGACACCAACCAUCGUGAUUGCACCUCCUAAUUUGGCUUGUUCUGAUGAGGUAGAAAUGUUGAUCAUUUCAGAUAUGGAGCAUGGAGCACAUGCAGGUGCUUUGUUGUUUGUAAAAGCAGCACUGAGUGUCGGCAUCUCAAGCUAAGUGUCGGAGAACUAUGGGGGCUAUGGGGGGCUCUAACCUCAGUCUGACAGGACAGAGGAUAAUGGGGCUGAGCCCUUUCCAGCCAUUCUCUACAAUAGGCACAUCUGCUGAGCUGGGCAUGAACCCCUGUUGCAUGAUAAAUAGGAUGAUUUAUUUAUAUUAAACAUCAAACUUAACAUAUCACGGACUUUCAGGAGGGAAACAGGGCCAGCUUUGCAUUGCCAGUGCCCGGGGCAGCAGCAGGCUGGGCAGGCAGUCAGAGCUGCCAGGUCCUAAAUGACUGGGCGGGCAGAAGAUGAUACUUGUUUCUCAACCACAGCUUGCUGGCUGCUUUCUGCCUAAAGCACCUGGUUUCUUGGAAGCUGGAAGGCAGCAAACCCCAUUUCACAGAACCGCCGCUGUUUCCCCACACUGCAGCAGGAGACACGUCCUCUGCUUCCCCGGCCGGGGACAAAUCCAGGAAAAGCUUGGCCGCCAUGCACAACCCAAAAUCCCAGGGCUGUGCUCCCUGCUUGGGAUCCCCCAGCACCCUCUGCCCCCCAGCCUGACCCUGCCUGCUGAGGAGGUCCCCAUGUGGGGUCCAGGAUGUCUCUGCAGUGCUGCCCAGCACCCCCGCUUUAGAAAAUAUUUCUUCCUAUUCAGCAGAAAUUGCACUUAGGAACAUUCACUUCCUUCAGGAUAUUAAACAAAACAAACCCUGGGAGAGGGCGAGAGAGUGAGUGUUGGCAAGAGUGUGAUGACUUUACAAUUAAACUGAAAAUUCCUCAUAACCAUACCAUUUCAAGGCAAAAAAAAAAAAAAAG